GGGUGGGUCUAUGGUACAUCACCUGAGUUGUGGGGUAAAUGUAGAGAGUGUCAAUCAAAGGCAGAGCUCUCAGAGCUGGGAAGGAGGCUCUAGAUGGCGGCUGUGCCUUAGAGAGAGCGCGCUCUGCUCCCUGCCUUCGCCUCACUUUACGCAACUUUCCCUAACUUUCGGGCCGCCUCAGGGGGCCCCCGCAGCCCCCUGCCUCUCCUAGUGACUUACUGGGGUCGAUUCGAACCCUUUUUAGGGAGAAAAGCAGCUUUUAGGAGCUUUCUUUUCGUGCCUUGUUGGAAAGAAGCAGCCGUACUGAGAGCCCAGGUCGUUGUUUUUUCCAGCUUAGAAGCCAUGGCGCACCUCCAUUUUUGUGCGCUCUCCUAAUGAGGUUUUUUCUUCCGUACCCCUUUUAGUAUUAAUUGUUGCUUUCUCUUUUUUGACCAGUUAACAUAUUUGAGGAUUGUUUUAUUUAUUUUUCGCCUUUUAACGAAGAAUUUUGUUUUUAUUUUUAAUUAUUUGGGCUCUGAUAUUUUUCUACUAGAUAGGACUCUUGCUUUGGACCUACUACAUGGAUCAGUAAAUACCUGGGCACAGGACUUCAAAGCAAACACAGAUUCCCCCUCCCCCUUAAUAUUUAAGAAUUAAAAGAUGAUGAGAAAUAAGGACAAAAGCCAAGAGGAGGACAGUUCGCCACACAGCAAUGCAUCGAGUCACUCAGCAUCUGAAGAAGCUUCAGGUUCAGACUCAGGCAGCCAGUCGGAGAGCGAGCCGGGCAGUGAUCCGGGGAGUGGACAUGGCAGCGAGUCCAGCACUUCCGAAUCUUCAGAGAGUCCGUCGGAAUCCGAGAGCGAAUCGGCAGGUUCCAAAUCCCAGCCAGUCCUUCCGGAGGCCAAGGAGAAGCCAGCCUCUAAGAAGGAGCGGAUAGCUGAUGUGAAGAAGAUGUGGGAAGAAUAUCCUGAUGUUUAUGGGGUUAGGCGGUCAAACCGAAGCAGACAAGAACCAUCACGAUUUAAUAUUAAGGAGGAGGCAAGUAGCGGGUCUGAGAGUGGGAGCCCAAAAAGAAGAGGCCAGAGGCAGCUGAAAAAACAAGAAAAAUGGAAACGAGAGCCCUCAGAAGAUGAACAGGAACAAGGCACCGGUGCAGAGAGUGAACCAGAGCAAAAAAAAGUGAAAGCCAAGAGGCCUGUCCCCAGAAGAACAGUGCCCAAAUCCCGUGUUAAAAAGCAACCUAAAGCUCAGCGUGGAAAGAAAAAAAAGCAGGAGUCUUCUGAUGAUGAUGAUGAGGACGACGAAGCUCCCAAAAGGCAGACUCGUCGCAGAGCGGCUAAAAAUGUCAGUUACAAAGAAGAUGAUGACUUUGAGACUGACUCAGACGAUCUCAUUGAAAUGACUGGCGAAGGAAUUGAUGACCAGCAGGAUAAUAGUGAAACCAUUGAAAAGGUCUUAGAUUCAAGGCUGGGGAAGAAAGGAGCCACUGGAGCGUCUACUACUGUGUAUGCGAUUGAAGCUAAUGGAGACCCAAGUGGCGACUUUGACCCGGAAAGGGAGGAAGGCGAAGUCCAGUAUCUCAUCAAGUGGAAGGGUUGGUCUUAUAUCCAUAGCACGUGGGAGAGUGAAGAGUCCUUACAGCAACAGAAAGUGAAGGGCCUAAAAAAACUCGAGAACUUCAAGAAGAAAGAGGAUGAAAUCAAGCAAUGGUUGGGGAAAGUUUCUCCUGAAGAUGUGGAAUAUUUUAACUGCCAACAAGAGCUGGCCUCAGAGCUGAACAAACAGUAUCAGAUAGUAGAAAGAGUAAUAGCUAUGAAGACAAGCAAAUCUACACUGGGUCAGACAGAUUUUCCAGCUCACAGUCGGAAGCCAGCACCUUCCAAUGAACCCGAGUAUCUCUGCAAGUGGAUGGGACUGCCCUACUCAGAGUGCAGCUGGGAAGACGAAGCCUUGAUUGGAAAGAAAUUCCAGGGCUGCAUCGACAGCUUCCACAGUCGGAACAACUCAAAAACCAUCCCGACCAGAGAGUGCAAGGCCCUGAAGCAGAGACCACGGUUUGUGGCUUUAAAGAAACAGCCGGCAUACUUAGGAGGGGAGAAUCUGGAGCUCCGUGACUAUCAGCUAGAAGGUCUCAACUGGCUUGCUCAUUCCUGGUGCAAAAGUAACAGUGUGAUCCUUGCUGAUGAAAUGGGCCUAGGAAAGACCAUCCAGACCAUAUCAUUCCUCUCCUACCUGUUCCACCAACACCAGCUGUAUGGCCCCUUUCUUAUAGUCGUCCCUUUAUCCACCCUCACCUCAUGGCAGAGGGAGUUUGAAAUCUGGGCACCAGAGAUUAACGUAGUGGUUUACAUAGGUGACCUGAUGAGCAGAAAUACGAUACGGGAAUAUGAAUGGAUUCAUUCCCAGACCAAAAGGCUCAAGUUCAAUGCACUUAUAACUACAUACGAGAUCCUCUUGAAAGAUAAGACUGUGCUGGGCAGUAUUAACUGGGCCUUUCUGGGAGUGGAUGAAGCCCAUCGGUUGAAGAAUGAUGACUCUUUAUUGUAUAAAACUCUGAUUGAUUUCAAGUCCAACCAUAGGCUCCUGAUUACGGGGACCCCUCUUCAGAAUUCCCUCAAAGAGCUCUGGUCCUUGCUGCACUUUAUUAUGCCGGAGAAGUUUGAGUUCUGGGAAGAUUUUGAAGAAGACCAUGGGAAAGGGAGAGAGAACGGCUACCAGAGUCUCCAUAAGGUGCUAGAGCCUUUCCUACUCCGGAGAGUCAAAAAAGACGUGGAGAAAUCCCUUCCUGCCAAAGUGGAACAGAUUCUCAGGGUGGAGAUGUCGGCCCUUCAGAAACAGUAUUACAAAUGGAUCCUGACUAGGAAUUACAAGGCUCUUGCCAAAGGAACGAGAGGCAGCACAUCUGGCUUUCUGAAUAUUGUGAUGGAACUGAAAAAGUGCUGCAACCACUGCUACCUGAUUAAACCCCCUGAAGAAAACGAAAGGGAGAAUGGACAGGAGGUUCUUCUGUCCCUGAUCAGGAGCAGCGGGAAGUUGAUCCUGUUGGAUAAACUGUUGACAAGACUUCGAGAAAGGGGCAACAGAGUCCUCAUCUUCUCCCAAAUGGUGAGGAUGUUGGAUAUCCUGGCCGAGUACCUGACCAUUAAGCACUACCCUUUCCAGCGUUUGGAUGGUUCCAUCAAGGGAGAAAUCCGAAAACAGGCACUGGACCACUUCAAUGCAGAUGGUUCUGAGGACUUCUGUUUCCUGCUCUCGACAAGGGCUGGUGGCCUGGGAAUCAAUUUGGCUUCAGCGGACACAGUCGUCAUCUUUGACUCUGACUGGAACCCCCAGAACGACUUGCAGGCACAAGCCCGAGCCCAUAGAAUUGGUCAGAAGAAGCAGGUAAAUAUUUACCGCUUGGUUACAAAGGGGACCGUGGAGGAAGAGAUCAUAGAACGGGCCAAAAAGAAGAUGGUAUUGGACCAUCUGGUGAUUCAGCGCAUGGACACCACUGGCCGGACAGUCCUGGAAAACAACUCGGGGAGGUCCAAUUCAAAUCCUUUUAAUAAAGAGGAGCUGACAGCUAUUUUGAAAUUUGGAGCAGAGGAUCUUUUCAAAGAACUUGAAGGGGAGGAGUCAGAGCCUCAGGAAAUGGAUAUAGACGAGAUUUUGCGCUUGGCCGAAACCAGAGAGAACGAAGUGUCAACAAGUGCGACAGAUGAGCUGCUGUCCCAAUUUAAGGUUGCCAAUUUCGCCACAAUGGAAGACGAGGAAGAGCUGGAAGAACGUCCGCACAGGGACUGGGACGAGAUCAUUCCUGAGGACCAAAGGAAGAGAGUAGAGGAGGAGGAGCGGCAGAAGGAGCUGGAGGAAAUUUACAUGUUGCCUCGAAUUCGGAGUUCCACUAAAAAGGCUCAGACAAAUGACAGUGACUCUGACACUGAGUCCAAGAGGCAGGCCCAGAGGUCCUCUGCCUCUGAGAGCGAGACGGAUGACUCCGAUGAUGACAAGAAGCCGAAGCGCAGAGGGCGGCCCCGGAGCGUGCGGAAGGACCUCGUAGAGGGAUUUACGGACGCAGAGAUCCGCAGGUUCAUCAAGGCAUAUAAGAAGUUUGGUCUCCCUCUUGAACGGCUGGAAUGCAUAGCACGCGAUGCUGAGCUGGUGGAUAAGUCUGUGGCAGACCUGAAGCGCCUGGGUGAAUUGAUUCACAACAGCUGUGUGUCAGCAAUGCAGGAAUAUGAAGAACAGCUCAAAGAAAAUGCCAGCGAGGGGAAAGGACCAGGAAAAAAGAGAGGCCCAACAAUCAAGAUAUCUGGUGUUCAGGUGAAUGUGAAAUCCAUCAUCCAACAUGAGGAAGAGUUUGAGAUGCUGCAUAAAUCCAUCCCCGUGGACCCUGAAGAAAAAAAAAAAUACUGCUUAACCUGUCGUGUCAAAGCUGCACAUUUUGAUGUUGAGUGGGGAGUGGAAGAUGAUUCUCGCCUCUUGCUGGGAAUUUAUGAACACGGCUAUGGAAACUGGGAGCUAAUUAAAACGGAUCCAGAGCUAAAGUUAACUGACAAAAUUCUGCCUGUGGAGACAGAUAAAAAGCCUCAGGGGAAGCAGCUGCAGACGCGAGCGGACUAUUUGCUGAAGCUGCUCAGGAAGAGUCUGGAGAAGAAGGGGGCCGUGUCGGGCGGCGAAGAGGCCAAGUUAAAGAAGCGGAAGCCUCGAGUAAAGAAGGAGAACAAAGCGCCCAGGCUGAAAGAUGAGCACGGGCUUGACUUCUCAUCGCCUAGACACUCGGAUAAUCCGUCAGAGGAGGGGGAAGUGAAGGACGAUGGCUUAGAAAAAAGUCCAAUGAAAAAGAAACAGAAGAAGAAAGAGAACAAGGAGAACAAGGAGAAACAAAUGAGCUCUAGGAAAGACAAAGAUGGGGACAAGGAAAGGAAGAAGUCGAAAGAUAAGAAAGAGAAGCCUAAAGGUGGUGAUGCCAAAUCUUCAAGUAAAUCAAAGCGAUCUCAGGGUCCUGUCCAUAUUACAGCAGGAAGUGAACCUGUCCCCAUUGGCGAGGAUGAGGAUGAUGAUCUGGACCAGGAGACAUUCAGCAUAUGUAAGGAGAGGAUGAGGCCCGUGAAGAAGGCUCUGAAACAGCUGGACAAGCCCGACAAGGGGCUCAGCGUGCAAGAGCAGCUGGAGCACACCCGCAACUGCCUGCUGAAGAUCGGAGACCGGAUAGCCGAGUGCCUUAAAGCUUACUCCGACCAGGAGCACGUCAAGCUGUGGAGGAGGAACCUAUGGAUUUUUGUUUCCAAGUUUACAGAAUUUGAUGCUCGAAAGUUACACAAGUUGUACAAGAUGGCUCAUAAGAAAAGAUCUCAAGAAGAGGAGGAGCAAAAGAAGAAAGAUGACGUGAUGGGUGGUAAGAAGCCCUUUCGACCGGAGGCCUCAGGCUCCAGCCGGGAUUCCCUGAUGUCUCAGGCCCACACCCCGCACAGCCUUCACCCUCAGAAGUCUCACUUGCCUGCCUCCCAUGGCCCACAGAUGCACGGACACCCAAGAGACAACUACAAUCACCCCAACAAGAGGCACUUUAGUAAUGCAGAUCGAGGAGACUGGCAGAGGGAGAGGAAGUUCAGCUACGGCGGCAGCAAUCCGCCCUGGGGCAGUGACAGGCACCACCAGUAUGAGCAGCACUGGUACAAGGACCACCACUACGGGGACCGGCGACACAUGGACAGCCACCGUUCCGGGAGCUACCGGCCCAACAAUCUGUCCAGAAAGAGGCCCUAUGACCCGUACAGCAGUGACCGAGACCACCGGGGACACCGAGAUUACUAUGACAGGCACCACCAUGACUCCAAGCGGAGGAGAUCUGAUGAAUUUAGGCCUCAGAAUUACCACCAGCAGGAUUUCCGACGAAUGUCUGAUCACCGCCCCCCUAUGGGCUACCAUGGCCAGGGACCCUCAGACCAUUACCGCUCUUUCCACACAGACAAAUUGGGGGAGUACAAACAGCCUCUGCCCCCGCUGCACCCUGCAGUGUCAGAUCCUCGCUCGCCCCCUUCUCAGAAAUCUCCUCAUGACUCCAAGUCACCCCUGGAUCAUAGGUCUCCUUUGGAGAGGUCACUAGAACAGAAAAACAACCCAGAUUAUAACUGGAAUAUUCGGAAAACAUAAAGGACAGCUUGGAAGAAAGGGGAGAGCAAGAGUCAUUAAGCACCUGGAUGUUUUCGGUCUGAUCCAACGGGAGCCAGUGAUCUAGGCCAGUAAGUGGAGUUUCUGGACAUGCUGCUGCCGGCAGCGUGGCGGGGGAGGGGCGCUUCUGGGAGUGGGGGCUUCCGUUCGGUCGCCGCGGUGUGGUCACCACUCCUGCGCUCUGGCACCACGCCGUUGCAGCCUGGUUCCGGCCUCCCACUCUGCUGGGUGCUAGGAGAAGAGGUGACUUUUGUGUCCCAGCUUCACGGGCUGUGCUUCCCCAGCGAAGAAGGAAGGUCGUAGUCGUGAAUGUUUCAUUGCCAGGGUCACUGCACCCAGGACUCGGUGGGUCGGGGGAGGAAUGUGUGCAUGCGGCUGCCGGGACCUGCUGGCAGUGCGUGACUUUGUUCACAGGACGUGACGAUGCUGCUGACGGGGAGUGGGCGUGGGGAUGAGCGGGUGGGGGCUUUAAGGGGGGAGCAGGUACACCCCUCAACUGUGUUCUUGGGAGAAGUGAUACCCUUGGGCGUCAUGUGACACCUGUGUUGCGGGGGGUGGGGGGAUAGAGAGGGGAACAACUCACAAUGGCCCCUUCCCUACAAACACUAAUUUUUCCCACACUGUCCACAUUUUGAAGGUGUGGUCCUUCCGAGUGGGCCUCCUGUGCCUGCUGUGCCAGGGAGACCUGGGUCCGAACGGCUGCCGUUUGUGUAGUGGGGGUCAGCAGAAUCAGCACGGGUCUGACUUGGUUGGGAGUGGCCAGAAACUGUGGUCCCUGGUGGAUUUCUGAAGCCCGACGAGAAGCAGAAAAGCCCAGAGCCUGGAGAGGCGGGCAGCAGAGCGGGCGCCAGUGGGGCACUCGGCAGGUGGGGGCAGGUUCCCCAGCUGGGAGCUCCGUGUUGCACUAGGUCAGCACGUGCCGGUUGCGCUUUAGGUCCCUUUGCACAGCUCCAGGAAAGUGGACGACACCGUCACCUCUGACUCCUGGGGGGACGGAUGAAAAGUAAGUUGUCACCCGUGGUGAGCAGGCUGCCCUGAUACUAGACCUGCAUCGUGUUCAGAAUGAGAGCAGCUGAAGCACAGACCCCAGGAGCUCCCCCACGAUAGGAGUGUCCGAGGACUAGCUGCCCUGACACUAGACCUGAAGCUGAAGCACAGACCCCAGGAGCUCCCCCACGAUAGGAGUGUCCGAGGACUAGCUGCCCUGACACUAGACCUGAAGCUGAAGCACAGACCCCAGGAGCUCCCCCACGAUAGGGGCGUCCGAGGACUAGCUGCCCUGACACUAGACCUGAAGCUGAAGCACAGACCCUAGGAGCUCCCCCACGAUAGGGGCGUCCGAGGACUAGCUGCAGACAGUGAGUCAGGACUGGGCAGCCAGGUGGUCGCAUCCACUGAGCAGGCUCCUUUCAUUUACUGCUCCUGGGGCCUGGUUUCAUUCACUUUAAGUAGAGCUUGCCAGUAUUGUUAGCGUACGUAUCCGAAGGCCUCUCUGGAUGGAGACAGCGUAACUGACUUGAACAUACAGUGUUCCUGUAGGUGUCCGGCUCAGAGCUGGUGAAAACCCUCCCACUGGGCGCACACGGCAUUAGCCUCCCUGAACUGACCUGUGGGGACUUCGUGAAAUCACUGUCACUCACUUGCCUGGUACCCUGGGCAGCACCAUCGAUGCCUUUGCUAACCCCAAGUGGCGUCCCCCAGGGAAGCAGGGCUCUGGUGGCCGAUGCUCCCUGCUGCAGAGCACCCCUGGGCUGGCCAGUGCGGGGUCCUAGAGGGGUCUGGGUCCUCAGCUCGUCCUGUGAGUCAGUGGGUCACCACCUCAUGUACCUCCUGCUACUUGGGGCUCUUCUCCCUAGGCUGCACCAUGAUGCCCUGAGGGAGCCCAAGGACUGCAUAGGAGGCCCGGCUGGUCAUCCACUGGGCCGUGCGGUGCCCGCCUGCUCCGCGGGAGAACGGAGAUCAGGUCUCUGCUUUGCCGCCACAGGCUCAGCUUCUUGCUGACGGCACUCACUGCCCGUGUGGGGCCGCCCAGGACAGAGGGAGGUGGGGUUGCCUGGCCAGGUCCUUGAGUGAUGGUGGCGGGCGGGCAGGGGGUGAGCCCCAUGUCUUCCCCCGGGGAAGUGGGGUUGGGUCGUGGCCUCCGGGAGGCACGGCUGCCUUUCCUGCAGAGGCCAGAGCAGUCAGCCCUGCGUUCAGUACUCGUCGGAGCUCGUGGUGGUUUAGGAGAUGUGCGGUACCCCCGAGUCUCAUCGUGAGGAGCGGGAACGUCUUGUUCACAUGCAGGCCUUGGAGUGCCAUACGACGUAGGAGAGGCAGCAUCAGCCGAUCAGUGUUAAAGUGAUUAUAAAAUUGCAGUAUCCCCGUAAAAGCAUCUGCUGUAGGUGUUGAAUGUUUGAAGGGUGCUUUGGGAGAAGGGAGGCAUUUCCUCAUUGACCUUAGUCAGUAUGAACACCCUAUGCUGAGAUUAAAAACCAAAAUUUGCACAGGUAGAAAUUCUCUCCCUUGGUGGGAGGAGCUGCCCCAGGAGUCUGAGGUUGGUCUCCGUGGAGCCAGCUGGGAAAGGUUUCCUAACGGGAGAAAUAGUGGGAGUGAGGAGGAGGGGAGUCAGCCUCACCCGAAACCCGAACAUCAACAAGGAUGAACAGUCUGCUGUCACCCUGGAAGAGGACACGUGGACCCCAGACUCACCAUGGCUGCUGGAUGGAAGCAGCCAGGCCCUCCAUGGGGCCCACCCGAUGGGCCCCGGCUCCCUCUCCCGUCAUUCCCUGAGCCCUUCAUGGGCGCCCAGAAUCCUCCUCACGCCGUGCUGCAGACCAGCCUGGUGUCUGACGCUGUGCCAGGACGUACGGCGCAGACGCACAGACACUGAUACCCACAGACCAAAAUCCACUCGGCAGCAGGACCGCUGGCCCGGGGCCCAGCCCCAGGGGUCCUCCGGCUUGUCGGGGCUGCCGCGUCCGGCCAGGAGAGCCAGGCCAAAGGUCCAGGCUGCUUUAGUCCAUCUGCGCCCCCUCGCUUGGGGGCAGAUGUUUUUUUCUUUAUUGUAAAAUUGUGGACUUUUAAAACCUGUUGACUAAACAGUAAUUAAUUUAUAUUUGUGAAAAAUGCCACUGUCCUAGUGAUUUCUGAUGUAAAUAAUGUUGUUUAUAUAGUAUGUAUUAAAUUUUCCUACAUUGUAAAACU